UGUAGGGUUAAGCGGCCCAGCAGGAUUUGCAGGACCAAAAGGACUUCAAGGAUGUCCUGGUGUGAAAGGCCCUGAUAUGGUGUACCAAUUAAAAGCUCACCCUGGAGAUCCAGGUCCACCUGGGCAGCAAGGAGGAAUAGGAGGUGUUGGACCAGACGGGCCAGUCGGACCCUCUGGGCUAAAAGGGAAAAAAGGUCCUGAAGGGGCCAGCGGCCAAGCUGGCAGCCCUGGGGUCCCUGGACCAUCUGGUGAAAAAGGCAGCAGAGGUUUACCAGGGCUAUCAGGUGAGCAGGGUCGUGAUGGUCCUCAGGGUCAGAAGGGUUCUGUGGGACAUGAAGGGGCGCAGAUCACCAAUGGAUACAGGGAUGGCUUCCUGUUCACCGUGCACAGUCAGAGCCAAGAAAACCCCGUGUGCCCCGACGGGACCUUGACGAUGUACUCUGGAUAUUCACUCCUUUAUAUCAGUGUAAACAGCUGGGGACAUGGGCAGGAUCUGGGCACUCUAGGCAGCUGUCUGGUGCAGUUCUCCACAGUGCCCUUUCUCUUCUGCGACCCCAACGAAACAUGUUAUUAUGCAGCCUCAGACUCGAACUCUUACUGGCUGUCCACAGACACGCCCAUGCCCAGAGACACCUCAGCUACCACACUAGCGCAGUAUAUCAGCAGGUGUUCAGUAUGUGAGGCUUCAGGCAAUGUCAUAGUCAUACACAGCCAGAUGAGUACAGAGCAAGAUUGCCCUAGUGGCUGGCAGGAACUGUGGAGUGGCUACUCAUUUGUCAUGCAAACAGGCACUGAGGCAGAGGGCUCAGGGCAGCCACUGGCUUCUCCUGGCUCCUGUCUGAAGAAGUUCCAGAAAGUUCCGUUUAUUGAAUGCCAUGCCAGUGGCACCUGCAAGUACUCCUUUGAUUCCAACAGCCACUGGCUGGCAGUGGUGGAUCGCAACCGGAUGUUCAGUAAACCAGUCCCACAGACAUUGGUUGGAGACUCCCCCGGCAACAUUAUCAGCCGCUGUAAGGUCUGCAUGAAGAUUCCAUGACCAGAAGCCCUUGGGUUACUUAAUGC